GUUUGUCUUCGCCCCGCCCCUUCUGCAUUCAGCGCAAUAUAACUAUGGACCAAUCCGAAGGAUCCAGCUCGUCUUGGCGGCAGUUCUCAUUCUUUGACGCUGAACCAUUCGCGUCGGGUGAUGAAGGCUCACCUGAAUUCGAACAACUGCGAUCUCCGUUGAUCAUUGAACCUGUAUCUUAUUCGUCCACCCUUUCAGUGGCCGUCGCCUCGGGAGAUACUGUGCACUUUUUCAACAACCACUUGCGUUCCUAUAGAUCUUUUCAGGCUUGGAAGGACAAUGGUCAUACCUCCCUUCUUAGACAGGCCGCGAACGUUUUGAUCUGUGUGGGAGAAGAGGGGGACUCUCGUCUUCCGAUCUUGAAGGCCUGGGAUCUCUCUCGGGACACCAGACGUGGGCCCGUAUUACUACGUAGUGUUCGCGUUGGUCAACGCUCAGCUCUUGUCACCUGCCUUGCCUGUACUCCGAAUCUGUCUCAUCUCGCCCUUGGAUUUAGUGACGGGACUGUGCUCCUAUACAGACACUUCCUGCAAUCUCUCACGACCUCUCCGACCUCUCUCUCAUCUAUGCCCAAGGCGAGGAUCGUCCAUGAGUCCCCAGAGCCUGUCACUGGGCUUGGAUUCGUCGAGUCUGACGUCGACGGUCCCACUUUGAUGAUUGCUACCGUUGGAGCAAUACUCAGUAGCGGGACCACGGGAAAAAGCGGACGUGCUCGCGUUCUUGACCGGUCAGGUGUAGCCCUUGGGUGCGCAGUCAUAAGUCAUGACAGGCGCGAGCUUUUGGUUGCGAGGAAUGAGGGGAUAUACUCAUUUGGCACAAGCGAUCCAGGCCCAUUCUAUGCUUAUGAUGGCGAGAAAGCUUCUUUGCAGGUUCACAACCAUAAUCUUGUCUUUGUUCUGCGUGAGGAGUCGAAGUCGCGGGCUCGAGAUACCACCCCCUCCUCCAAACUCGUCAUCCUCGAUCAUCGACAUCGGUGGACGUCCUACCAGAAACAUUUCUCGUCUGGUAUCGAUCGGAUGUUCAGUCAAUGGGGCGCACUAUACGUUCAAGCAGUCGACCAGCCGCUUAUGCGGCUCAUUGAGCAUUCCAUCUCCGCAAAACUCCAGGUACUGUCUCAGCGCAAUCUUUACACAACAGCUCUAGCUCUCGCCAAGUCGGAGGGCUUCAACGAAGCUGGCUUGUCCGACAUACAUAGAUUAUACGGGGACUAUCUGUACCGCAAGGGUGACUACGAUGCAGCAAUGAGACAGUAUACCUUAACCCUUGGCCAGCUCCCGCCAUCAUACGUGGUCCGCAAGUAUUUGGAUGCACAGCGGAUACAGCAGCUCGUCGCCUACCUACAGAGACUACACGAGCUUGGGCUGGCAAACCCAAAUCACACUACCCUGUUGCUCAAUUGCUACACGAAGACUGGGGACCUCGCUAGUCUCGAUGCCUUUCUCAAUUCCGAGAUGACCGAUGACGAAUUGCCCUUCGACCUCGAUACUGCGAUACGAGUCUGUAGACAGGGUGCUUUCUUUGCUCAUGCUAGCUUUCUCGCUCAGCGCUGGGGUCGUCACGAAGAGUACCUCCGUAUCCAGAUCGAGGAUGCGGGGGAGUUCUUAGCUGCCCUACGCUAUCUCCGCGGGCUGGACCGCGAGGUGUGUACAGAAAACCUUCUGCUGUACGGGGUACCUCUGCUGGCGCAUGCCCCUAUCGAAACUACCGAUCUAGUAAUCGACCUUUGUUGCGGCUUGCCCCUCAUUCCUCAGCAGCAAGCGGUGUCGGCCAAUGGGUCAGGACCUGCCACAGGUCAAGCAGUGCUCUCAUUCCUGAACGUCGAUCGAGUCACGGGGCUAUUUGUGGACAAUAGUCAUAUCGAUACUGCUCCGGAUGAUAUGCCGCUGCAGGCAGCAGAUGUGCCCAUCGAAUUGCCAUCACCAAGGAGGUUCUUUCCCCUCUUUAAUGACAACGUCGACCAAUUCCGUCGCUUCCUGGAGACUGUCACCAAUCUUGACAAGGAAGGGAAUUCCUCUUCAAAUAAUGACGCCGAUGCUUCGCGAUCGAUCUGGAGCACAUUGCUGGAGCUAUAUCUGACCGCCGGAGGGGCCGAUGGUCGGGCGAAGGCGAUGACGCUUCUAAGGGAGAAGUCGGACAAGCUCGAUCCGGUUUUGGCGUUGAUUCUUUGCACUCAGACCGGGUUCACGCCUGGCUGUUUGGUAUUGUGGGAGAGUCUUGGAAGGCACGAGGACGUUUUGAGGUUUUGGAUGGAGUCGGAUUCUGACCCGGACGCAUACAGCCACAUUGCCAAAUAUCUCGAAACGCACGGCCAAGACCACCACGAACUCUAUGCAAUGGCUUUGCGACAUUUGUCAUCAACACCAAAGCUACUCGCCCUCCACGGUGAAGAUGUCUCUCGCAUUCUGCAAAUAAUGGACGAGAACAAUAUCCUGCAACCGCUGGCCAUCGUACAGCUGUUAUCACGCAACUCCAUUACACCUAUCGGUACUGUGCGCGACUGGUUGCAGGCUAAGGUUCAGGAGAAUAGAGGCGGCAUCGAGAGCGACAAACAUCUUGUCUCAAGUUAUCGCAAAGAAACGGAACAGAGGCAAAACGAAUUGCAAAAUAUCUGCGAUCCCGAUCGACCUCAAGUCUUUCAAGUCACGAGGUGCGCUGCCUGUGCACGUCAACUAGAUUUACCCACCGUACACUUUAUGUGCAAACAUUCGUAUCAUCAGCGAUGCUUGUCCGACUCAGAGCCGGAGUGUAUCUUAUGCGCUCGACAACAUUCGAUCCUGCGCGAGGUUCGACAGGGUCAGAAGAAGCUAGCGGAUAGGCAUGACCUCUUCGUCAACGAGGUACACGAUGCGGACAACGGCUUUGCAGUCGUCGCCGGGGCAUUUGGUAGAGGCUUAUGGGAGUCGGCGGCAGCAUAGUAUUACGUACAAGACGUUUUCAGGCGCAUACACCUUUCCACAGGCUAUUCGUCUGCGGUGUUGGCGUUGUCCCCAAAGAUCCUCUCCCACUCACCCGCGGGCGUAUAUGCGACCGGAUGGACGAGGAAGGCAUCGAGAUAUGUCAUGGUCACUGCAAGACCUAUACGAAGGUAG